CAAAAAUCUAAAUAAAUAAAAGAAUAAAUAAAACACGUUUUAUUUUGAAACUGAAAAACGAAAGAACGAACCAGACAUUUUAUAAUUUGGCACUAAAUAAGUAUAGUAUACAGACUUGAAAAUAACAUGUGAACACACAUGUAAGUAACGCACACAGGUAGUGAAGUUAUUUGCAUGCAUUCUCCAUUUUCUGUAACAUUUGUAAAGUUUUAUUAUGACUCAGUCACGUGAUACAGACUCCAGGCUCCUGAAAUGAAAGCGAAAGUUUCCUGAAUCUUUAUCACCGUGCUGCCAGUGCCGAACCAACAAGAACAACCUGGGACCAAUGAAUAAUCACUAUGAGUCGACUGAUGGGGAAUUUCGCUUACUUUUUUAUUUUAGCAGGUGUGCACUGUGUCCAGCAGAUCCAGUGGCUGCCCUGUCAGUUCACUGAUGAACAGGUGACGAAGAACGAGGAGGGACAUUUUGACACCCAGCUCAUCCACAGACAGGCCAUGCUGCAGUUUGGUCAAAAAGGAGACGCUCCUCUUAAUCCCCACACCAUCACCUUCCUGAUCACAGGAUCCAAGCUGGACCUUCGGCGAUACGUGGAGCAGGUGGAGGCAGAGCAGUUGGAGUGUGAGCUGCGUAGAUACAGCACAGAGGGCAUCCAUGUCCACUGGCCUGGUCAGGAGGCCAAGGAGUACAACCGCUGGUUCACGUGCACUCUCAAGCACAAUCAGGGGCUUUUCACUGUCACUGGCUUCCUCAGACAUCCAUCUGACCAUGCUCCACCAGGACAGCAGGACUUCCGCCGCUGGCCUGCUAUCUCUGAUACAGAGAAGCUCACUACAGCAGUUGCCAUGGUCAUUAAAACACAGCGGCCAUCAGUGAAAGCCAGACUGGGCUCGCAGCAAAAGCUCCACUGUCAGUUUAGCGUUGACCACCGGGGAGCAAACGUCACUGUGGAGUGGCACCGGCAACACCACGGAGAGAGGACCAAGCUCUUCAGCCACACCAGUCGUACCAAACUGGUCCAGGGCUCCGGUGUGGAGCUGAAGGCCCUCGCAGGAGGAGACGCCUCCUACACGCUUCCCUUCACCAAGGUGAAGAGUGACGGAGCCUACAUCUGUUCGGUGCUCGUGAAUCCACUGUUUGGGAGUGUGGACAUCAAUCUGCACAUUGAAGAGCCUCCCCGUGUCUCCCUGAACGUGGGACCCACCCUUGUCCUGCAGGAAGGCAGCGAGCAGAAAGUCAUCUGCGAGGCAGAGAACUACUAUCCUCUGGAUGUGGACAUCGUGUGGUACGAGCAGGACCCCAACACAUCGGGUCAGCGUGUCGGCCUUCCUCUCCCCAAGGUGCUGCCAAACAUCCUGCUUUCCAGCCACAAACACAACCAAGACAUGACAUACUCCGUGUCAGCCUUCUUCUACCUCCAGGCUUCCACCAGGCAUUCUGAGAGGGAAUACAUCUGCAGCGUUUCCCAUCAGUCUCUCAGGAUGCCCAUCAAAAAACGCUUCAUUCUGAAAGUAGAAGAACCUUUCAGCUGGAUGUUCUUCCUUAUUGUUAGCUUCAUAAUACUGGUGCUGCUGGCUGUUCUGGUUGUGAUGCUGUGCUAUCUGAAUUCAGGUGAGUAAGCUCAGUCACAGCAGAUGUAGAGGCUGAUACACAUAAUGAAAGGCUUCCUUGAAGGAAUGCAUAUUUGUGACCCAUCACAUCGAAACCAGGAUCAAGUCCAAAAGUGGUAUACGGAGAAAUGGGUAAAUAUAGGGUUCUGAUUUAAGUGUGUGCAAAAAUUGUGUUUUGUCAAAAUAUAAUGAAUAAAUGCCUUAUCAAUG